CCAUUAUAAACACCCAGAGCGGGGAAGGAAGCCGCUCUUGAUACUCAAGUAAUCCUUAUAGAGCUCUAGGAAGGGGGACUUCAUACCAGAACCAUUGCUGUAGCUGAUGCGGCUGCAUGUUUUUGAACAGAAAGGGAGUUAGCGCGCAGCUGCUGUGUCCGCAGCGUGAGGUUUUUCAACGUGGACAGAGUUUUUUUUUCCUGUUUCGUCUCUUUUUAACAGUUUUUAACUGAAGAGCGCUUCUUCUGCUAUGGUUGUUAGAGGAGACUAAUUUUUCAUCGGUUUAUUUUUCUAUUUAUUUUGCACUUUUUUUCUCCAGAUGUUUAGAGAUACUUGGAGGCUGGCACAGUACCACACCAUGAGGUCGAUGGAUCAAGAUGACCCCAACCUUGAAUCUCACAAAGUCCUCAGUCCUGAGUCUGAGCAGGCUUUCCCUCUGGAGGAGGCCUCCCCAUACGGCAUCAAGGCCUGUAGUCCCCCCUACAGUGGACACAACGCUGAGGUUCUCUCAGGAUAUGACAACCAGGAGGCCAGGAACUACCUGGACAGUACCCGGCCUGCAGGCCUGACUCUGAGCCCGCGGAUUGAAAUCACUCCCUCCCGUGAGCACUACAACCAUGGUCGGGACUCCCUGCAGAACCACCACCUGAACAUUAGCCCUAGACCCACCCUCACCGUGCCUGGCCAUGAAAACCUCGCCUACCGUGAGCCCCAGUGCCUGAGUCCCGCCAGCAGCAACUCCUCCACCAGCUGGCACUCGGAGAGCUACUCCCCCUGGGCGUCUCCCUGUGUGUCCCCCAGCAGUGGCCAGAACCCCGGAGACCUCUGCCCCCGAUUACAGAACAUCCACACUGGCUCCCCUCGCACCUCCCCGGGCACCUCUCCUCGCACGAGCCUAGCUGAGGACGGCCUGGGACACCGCUCGCCCUCUCCCAGACCUGGCUCCCGCUCCACCUCUCCACAGGGCAAACGCACCUAUGCCAUGUACAGAAAUCCAGGUUUAGUCCCUGGGCAUCGCUCCCGCAGUCCCUCCCCCCAUAGUGGCCAUGAAGACAUAGGUGCCCACUAUACACACAGCAGCCUUGCAGAUGGCAUGAAUGGUUUUGGCACCGGGCAGCCAGGCCUGGUGCCCACUAAAAUAGUCAAGACCAACCAGAUUUACUCUCUGAAUCAUGGAGACGGGAACUACUUGGUGUCCGACCCGGACAUAAAAGCCAAACCUCCUGCAGAGCCUUUCUUUGUUAUCCCUCCGAUCUGGUCCAAGCCGCUGGUUUCCAGCCUCUGCAGCAUCCCUGUGGCUUCUCUCCCCCCGCUGGAAUGGCCGAUCCCCCGUCGCACAGACCAGUAUGAACUCCACAUUGAGGUGCAGCCCAAGCCGCACCACAGAGCUCACUAUGAGACAGAGGGAAGCAGGGGUGCAGUCAAAGCCCCAACAGGAGGACAUCCUGUUGUACAGUUACAUGGCUACAGAGGCAAGGAGCCACUUGGCCUGCAGAUCUUCAUCGGUACAGCAGACGAGCGCAUCCUCAAGCCCCAUGCCUUUUAUCAAGUCCACCGCAUCACUGGCAAGACGGUUACGACCACCAGCUUUGAGAAGAUUAUUAACGGCACCAAAGUGCUUGAGAUCCCCCUGGAGCCAAAGAACAACAUGAAAGCAAUAAUCGACUGUGCUGGGAUCCUGAAGCUCAGGAACGCUGACAUCGAGCUGAGGAAGGGUGAGACGGACGUCGGCCGGAAAAACACCCGAGUUCGUCUUGUGUUUCGUGUGCAUAUACCUCAGCCUGGAGGACAGCACGUCUCUCUCCAAGUGGCUUCGCAUCCCAUCGAGUGCUCCCAGCGUUCAGCACAUGAGCUUCCCAUGGUUGAGAAGCAGGACAUGGACAGCUGCUCUGUUCUGGGCGGCCAGCAGAUGAUCCUGACUGGGCAGAACUUCAGCUCCGAUUCCAAGGUCAUUUUCAUGGAGAAAACCCAGGAUGGGCAGCAAAUCUGGGAAAUGGAAGCAACAGUGGACAAAGAUAAGAGCCAGCCUAGUAUGCUGUUUGUGGAAGUGCCGCCCUACCGAGACACGUCUGUCUGCCACUCCAUCAAAGUCAACUUCUACGUCAUCAAUGGCAAGAGGAAGCGCAGCCAGCCUCAACAUUUCACCUACACACCACUUGCAUCUCCAUCCAUCAAGACAGAGCCUAUAGAUGAGUAUGAAGCAGACCACAUGGGCUUUGCCAUGCCUCAGAUCUUAGGCUUAUCCCCUCAUUCAUACUACCAUAACCCACGCGGCGUCCUCCACCCAGACAACGGCCUGGUGUCCGGCAUGGCCUCCUGCCAGCGUCUCAGCUCCAGCCUUCCAAACCAAGACGCACGUUUCCAGCAGCAGAGCCCCGCCAUCAUCUACUCUCGCGCUGGCAAGAGUCUGAGCGGCAGCCCUAGCCUUUAUCAGCAGACUGGAGGGAUGAUGCCUGACCCCCACCGGUCGGUCCUGGUCCACACUGGCUCCCCAGCACAGUCUGUAGGUCCCAUUGGUGCAGGCCAGCACCCUUCUAUCAUCCAGUUCUCCCCCACAAACCACCACCUGCUCCGGGCAGGAGACCCUCAACCUCUCACCGCUCCACAGCCUGACACCCAGCAGAUCAUCUACUGCGAUGGCUACUCCCCUCAGGCAGCCACCGCCCACUCACCCACACCCCCCCAGGCUCAGGCAGCAGUGACCCACCCGCAGCACUAUCCCACCGUGAUCCAGCAGCAGCCCUAUGUGCAGAAGGCGCAGCAGAAGAGUCGUGCUGCCCCCGGCACAGGGCAGAUGGAGGCUGCAGGAGACGGACAGAGGAGGGUGACAGUGAAAGAGGAGAACUUGGACCAGGCCUACCUAGAUGAUGGUGAGUUGAAUGAGAUCAUAAGAAAGGAUCUGACGGGCGUGCAGGCCAGAGGCCAGACAUAGAAGAGAUACUCAAGUGGGAAAUGACAACAUAUCCCCCCCAACACACACACACAAACACACGCAGUCUUCAACCUUCCAGUGAGGUGACGCACUUCCACCAACAAUCACACCUUUCCUCCUCAUUUUCUUUAGCCAUAGAGAUAGAAAUAUCAGUUCCAGACUGUUGUGUUUGCUUUGGAUGUUUUCCUGCAAUAAACAUUUGACAAACAGAGGAAUUCAUUUAACCCAUAACGUCUGCUACCAACACCCAGCAGGUUUCCAAGGAAGCAACAGGCAGAUGUGCCUUAUUUUGUUCAUCCUCAGUUUGCUAUACAAAAGGGAAAAAAACCUAAAAUAAAAAAUCUCUAGAAUAACAUGAGCCAUUCUGCCUUGGCAAUAAUACCUGUUUGCCUCUGACAUGUUUGCCUCAUACUAGUGAAUGAUGGUUAUGGAGCAGUUUCAAAAUAAAUUUUUGUGAAGAAAAUUGAUUUGUCAACAGGUUAUCAUACCAAAAAUUCAGCCCAAAUACAACAUAUCAAAUAUUUCUUGUAGCCAAAAGCUUGUCGUUUUUUUGUUUAAUAUGUCUUGCACAAAGUGUGUAUUUUGUCUGUGUGUAAACUUUGUAUGCAGUUUUACAUGAAAAGAUUGUCCUGAGCUCACAUGCUGAUCAUCUCAUGUGCAGUUUUCUAAUUGAAGUGAAAUGCACACUGCCUUAACCAUAUACAAAUGAACUUUUGUGACACCUCCUAAUAUGCACUGUUUUCAAUAACAGGAGGUCAAUGUUAUUACUUUUUUAUAUAAUAUUGAGUCAUGUGAAUAAUGUACCAUUUUAUAUUCGUAAAAAUAUAUAUUGCAUUAUAUUCAGGUGAUAUGCCAAAGUGGCUUCACAGGGGCCUGUGAUGCUACAGUGAUAGCAUGGGUCUACACUUUUACAUGAUUUCUGUGCUUGAGUUGAUUUUUGUUUUCAAUCUUGCAUUUAACAUCAUUUAAGAUGUAUCUGAAGUCUGGCUCAUGAAGUGAGAGAUUUUGUACACUCAGAUUUAAAGGUGGAUUUCUUGCUUUUUUUAUUAUUAUUAUAAUUUUUGUCUAUUUGUAUUUCUCCUAAGGUUGAUUGUAACAUCAUCUGUGGCUGUUUCCACAGUCACAACAGAAAAUAUCCAAAGCUUAAACUGUGUGUAUUGUUUUGUGUAUAGUUGAAUUUUGAGUCUGCCUGUAAUGACAAUCAGUAUACUCAAAGCUAAAUGCCUGCCUAUGCAGAGGCUUCAUGCUUGCCAAUGUAAAGAGCAAACAUUUUAUUUUCUCUAACUGCCUUCAUGCUGUAAGCACAAUAGGGAGAUACAGUAUGGAUUACUGAUGUGCUAAUACAGCUUGCUUUGUUGAAAAAAAAAAGCAGUAGUUUAAAAACAUAUUUUUGUAAUAUUGCGAUAUUUCACUGAGUGAAUUGGAAAACCUUUAAAAGUGCCAAGUGCCAUUUAUAUGAUUGUAAAGACAAAAAUAUUGCUGGUGAUGUAAAGUGGUAAAAACACAUAAUAGAAUUAAAAAGACUGAAUCUCUGUUUCAUAUUUGAUAUGGGCCUAUUUGAUAAUAAGAUUUUUUUUUUCUAAUAUUAGUAAAGCUGAUUUUGAUCUAUUAAUGACAUUUCUCAAUGAGCCAGUACAGCACAAGUGCAUUUGACAUUUCUUGAAUGUAAUCUAUAUUAAAUAGUUUUUCCCCUUUUCUGUAAAUAUUAAAUGCAAAGUGUGAUUGUCCAUGUGUUACGAUUCAGUUUGAGUCGACUAAAAUACAGUUUGUCUGUCAUGUAUCUUUUAUCUGUUUAUAAUUUACACAAUGAUUUAGUUAUCAUUAUAUCUUUCAUCUGUUUUGUUACAAUGUAAAACUUUUUUUUCUGAAGGGAAUUAUAAUACAUUACCUAAAACUUGUUAAGGUAUCCCUUAAUAGGUUAUAUUUUGUUUAUGCAUUUGUUAUUAUUAAUAUUAUUUUACAGUCCUUAAAGAAAUCUUUGGUAAUGAAAGGGUUAUUAAUACUGUCUUAUUUUAUUUUCUGUGUUGAUAAUUGUCUUGUCUGUGUUUCAUUUUGAGUCUUCUAGACUUUGUGCCUCCUUAAAAAGUCUCUGUUUCAUGCUAUUUUUGUAUCCUUAAAAGUAGCAAUAAAUAAUAUCCAUAUAA